UACUGGAAAGCAGGGUGGGGGACGGGUAAUUUUUGCUCCAGUUGCCGAGGCAACAGUGAGCUGACGUCAGUUCCUCCAGUUUAAAACUGACCCUGUUUCUUAACGGUGAAGCGUGCGAGAUGUUAUUUGAAUAUUAUAAACAACUGAAAAAAUAAUUUGGAACGGCUUGGACUACAGACUCACUGUGAUACAGGUUUUUAUUGGGCGUUUAUGCGAGCAGCGUGAUCUUGGACACAACACUGCCUGGAGAUCAUGGCUGAGUCGGUGAGCUCGAGCCAGCAGUGUACCCCGAGUACCCCGAGUCGCCACGAGAAAAGUUUAGGACUCCUCACGACCAAGUUUGUAACAUUGUUACAGGAGGCAAAGGAUGGAGUGCUCGAUCUUAAACUGGCAGCUGACAGUCUUGCUGUCAGACAAAAAAGAAGAAUAUAUGACAUUACCAAUGUGCUUGAGGGAAUCGGCUUAAUUGAGAAGAAAACGAAGAACAGCAUUCAGUGGAAUGGUGUGAGUGUAGGCUGCAAUACCAAAGAAGUUUUAGACCAACUCCAACAUCUAAAGGUACAGAUUGAAGAGUUGGAGAUGAAGGAGAAAGAUCUGGAUCAGCAGAAAAUCUGGCUUCAGCAAAGUAUAAAGAACGUGUCUGAUGAUCCAACAAACAGCAGAUUUGCAUAUGUUACACAUGAUGAUAUUUGCAAUUGCUUCAGUGGUGAUACUCUCCUGGCAAUUCUGGCUCCAUCAGGUACACAGUUAGAGGUUCCAGUACCCGAAUUGGGGCAAAAUGGACAGAAGAAGUAUCAGGUGAAUUUAAGAAGCCACUCUGGGCCUAUCCAAGUGCUUUUAAUGAACAGAGAGUCCAGUUCAUCGAAGCCGGUGGUAUUCACCGUUCCGCCACCUGAUGACCUGUCGGUAAUGCCUACUCCACCAGCAACCCCUGCAACUCCCCAGAAGUCCCCUCCAGCUCAGCAUUUGCCAGAGCAGGCCUCCUUGAUGGAACCACACAUACCACAGACAUCAACAGCAGACAUGCAGUCUGAUUUUUUUUUUUUAGACUGCGGCUUAUUACAGUCCAGUACUCUUCAAACUACCCAAUAUUCAGCAGACCCGGACCCCUUGACUGGCACAGGCAUUGAAACGGAAAAUAAUAAUCAAUCAAUCAACGAUGCCCAUGGUUUUCAAUCUCUGCUUCCCCUGGAUGUUAACAGCAUUCUUAAACUGAACACUGCUGAUCAGAUAAAGGAAGAAUCUGAAGGACCUAUUGUUGCAGAUUUGAUGGAUGAAUUGAUGUCUUCUGAUGUUUUCCCCUUGCUUCGACUGUCCCCAACACCGGGUGUUGAUUACAACUUUAAUCUGGAUGACAAUGAAGGAGUCUGUGAUCUCUUCGAUGUACAAAUUCUAAAUUAUUAGUUGAUGUUGCAACAUGUUUGAAUGAUCUUGACUACCUCCUGCAAUCAUACCUUGAGUCUUAACUAGAGUAAUCUGCAAUGUAAGGAUAAUAUUUUAUGUUUUUCAGUUGUAAUUGCUACAUAUAUGGGUUUAUGGUGUAUAAAUCAAAAGGUUAACUAUUCAUAUGGAUUUAGGUAACCAAACUAGUAUUUUAUUUUUGCCAGACAUGACAUUUAAAAGUAAUAUCAUUUAGUUGACAGAUUUAUAUUGAAAUUAUUUCAGUUGAAAAUACUUUUCAGUGAUGCAUUAUGUUCAUAUUUGGUGGUGCUCACUCCAAAGUACAGAAGUGUUUUUUUUUGUUUUUUUUUAAAAUAGGCAUUAUACCAGAAUAACGUGAAUAGAUCUUUUGUUAAAAUUCUUUUGUAUAUGAAGUUACAUGCAUGUUCUUAUUGGAACAAAAAAAUGUUACUGCCAAGGAACAACAUUUUUAGUGUUUCAGGUUCUUGUUGAAUGUAGUUUUUGUUACUGCCAUUCCCUACAGACUGUGUGUGUGUUUUUUGGGGGGGUUUUGUGUGUGUGUGUGUGUAUAUAAUAAAAUUUUAGUGAAGUGACUUGUCACAGCAUUUUUUUUUUUUUUUUUUUAACUUUCCUAGUUGGCGGAAAGGCUUACACAGACUUUAUUUGUAGUUGCAGGUUGCUUUUUUGUUUGUUUGUUUGUUUAUUGUACAUAUUGAAAACAACCUUGACUUUUUUUUUGCACAUUUGUUUUAUUUUUUUUAACUGGACCAAAGUUUGACACAAAGGUGCAUUAAAUAAAUCCUAUGUCUCUGAGAAUCAA